GGGCAAGCGCGAGGCGGUCACAGCGUGCAAGGUGUAUAGCUGCAAAUGAGCACGCGGGGUCCGGACUGGCGCUGGCGGAAGAGAUAGCGAUGUCGAGCGAGCGGGUAUCUGGGCCGGCCGAUGGAAGUCGAUCCGCGGGAGGCGUGUGUGCGAAUGGAACGCAAUGCUGGGGCGAGGGCAGUGGCCAGGUCUGAGCGGAGCACGGUGUUUGCGGUCGAGGGUAGGAGCCUGGCGAUGCGAGGGUUUGUGAUCGAUAGGAAGAUGGUGAGGGCGGUUGUGGCCCGGAAUGCAGGCCAGCACCCGACGCGCAAUGGAAUGCUGUAUAUGAGGUUGGAGUCUGGGUCUGGCAGGGUAGGGAUGUCGCCGUCCCCGGGUGGAUGACGCGGCGCGAGGCGCAGUGGGUGGCGCACUGGGUGAUCCAGGAGCAACGGGCGAAGCUAUAAGGCUGGCGGCGCAAGAUGUCGGGGCUGGGGUGGCGUGGAAGCCGACACGUGAAGAGAUGGCGUGUGUGGCGGGCGUGCUGCGGCCUGGGCUUGUAUAUGCGGUGAAGGUGGAGGCCGGGGUAGUGGAGGAUUUGCUGUGCAGAGUGGUGCAGCGGUGGGUGGUGUUUGACGCCGGCAGCAAGGCUGUGAUUGGAGCUGGCUGGUGGAGCGUGGAUGAGAUGGUGGGGAAUGCGGAGGACGUCGGCGUGGUGGAGGGGAUCGCGUGGAAGCGAGCGCGGCGACGGAGGAAGGCUCUGCCGAUGGUGUCGGACAGCGACGAUGACGGGGAAUCGUCGUGCGUGAUUGGGGCCGUGAGCGACGAGGGGAGCAGCAGCUCGAGCUCGGAAUCCAGCAGUGGGAUGUCGUCUGGCGAGUACCGCGAGUGGAAGCGGCGCAAGUUCCUGGAGGCGAUCCGGAUGCCGAGCAGGGAGGAGGUGCUGCGGAUGCAUGUGAGGAAGGCAAGUCGUGGAAUUUGAUCCAUGGCGUGCUGAGCGAGGUGAGAGAGCGGCGGCGGAUGGUGGCCGAGUACUUUAUCGGGGGAGGGCUUGUGAAGGUGGAGGAGGCUGGGCAGUAAAUGACGAG